AUGAAUACCACUUGCAGCUUCCAAGAUCCGCUCGUUCAAGCGCUACAAGCAGAACGACAGAGUCAUAAUGCGACAAAAAACGGAAAUACAGUAUUGAUUCAACAACUUAAGAUGAUGAAUGUGGCUAUGCGAGAAAUGCUUGAGGAUAGGGAUGCCAUGAAGAAGAAAAAUUGGGAGCUCCACAAGCAACUUGCCAAGGAGAACCUUGGGUGCUCCCAGAAGAUUCUAGAGCUCACGGAGCAAUUGAAGAAAGUCACUGAGGAGAGAGAUUGGCUAGCGGGACCAAGAAUUCUGGAGCUCCAGGAGCAGGCAAAAGAAGACAUACUUCGGAUUCAGAAGCUACAGGAAGAAAGCCAAAAAACUGCGCAAUGUCUUCAAAGGCUUGCUCUGGAGCUCCAGAAAGCCAAGAAACCAAAAGCAGAUCCCACAACGCUAACUACAACGGAGAUUGAAUCCAUUUACUACGAAACGCUCGAAAAUAUGAAGAUUCGAGAGAAGGAACGUCAUGAGGACAAUGUUUAUGUGAUUGAACUGAUGGCAGAGUAUAGCCGGAGACGGUUUGAGGAUAUGAACCAGAUAAAGCCAACAGAAGGAGCAGGAGCAGAAGUUGAAGAUGAAGCAUGA